AAAUACUUUGACAAAAGCAAAGCGACCUCGCUUUUUUAUAUUCCCUCCUUCUAAAUGCGGCAUUUCCCCAAAUCCCCGUCUCUGCCUCUCUGAAAGUCAAAGGUCAACCUUUCAACAGAGCUCCGCCUCCGCCUCCCACCUACCCUUGUGGAAUGCAAAACCUUCUCUCUCUCAAUUACACUCAUCAAAUUCCUUCUUGAUCUUUCAAAUGGCGGUGCCGAUAGCACGCUUUCCUAUCUUCCCGGUGGUCAGAAUCAUCGGAGUUACAGUCCUCUUACUCCUCUUAAUUUGGACUCUGCAUUACAGAGGCGGCUUGGCCCUCAUUUCCGAGAAUAAAGAUCUCAUCUUCAAUGUUCAUCCUGUAUUAAUGGUGAUUAGCCUUGUGCUCCUCAAUGGCGAAGCCAUGCUAGCAUACAAGACUGUGUCUGGAACAAAAAACUUCAAAAAGACAGUUCAUCUUUUCCUGCAAUUCCUGGCAUUCUUCUUAAGCAUCAUCGGACUAUGGGCUGCAUGGAAGUUUCACGUUGAUAAAGGCAUUGAUAACUUCUACAGUCUCCACUCGUGGCUGGGGCUAGCCUGCCUCGUCUUAUUUGGAAUUCAGUGGGCUGCUGGAUUUGUAACCUUUUGGUAUCCCGGUGGAUCAAGACAUAACCGAUCAAGCCUGAUGCCAUGGCAUGUAUUUCUUGGGAUAUACAUUUACACUCUAGCGGUAGCUACUUGUGCCACUGGUCUUCUGGAGAAGGCAACGUUUCUACAAACACAGAAGAUAAUAUCACGCUACUCGGCUGAGGCAUUGCUGGUGAAUUCUUUGGGGAUCUUACUUGUUAUUUUGGCAGGUUUUGUGAUUCUUGGGGUGGUCUCUCCUCUGCAUGGGAAAGGUGAAAACCCUAAAGGGAUUGCAGAGGAAUAGCCGCAAGAUCGAUCGGCCAUUGAAACUUUGGUUCAGACUUGAAAUUUUAUAGCACAUUCAAAAUCACACUUAUUGAGGAUCAAACAAUGGCAAGUAGUUGAUUCAUUGUGACUGUUUGUAAUGCACAGUUUCUCUUUUGAUAUGUGAACUUUUAACAAAA